AUGGGUGCAUUCUACCAAACCCUCCCUCCAUCCCUCGUCUCGUGGCUCCUCGAGCAGAAAGUCUUCUGGAUCGCCUCCGCUCCACUCUCCGGUGAUGGGCACGUCAACGUAUCACCAAAGGGCAUCUCCGACAAAGGCGGACCGUUUUUCGGUGUAAUUAAAGAACCUUUGAACCCUAAUGCGAACGGUCAUGCCAGUGGUACCGUCAAAGGUGAUGAGGAAGAAGAUGAUAAAUCCGUCGUGAUUCGCAAAUUCUGGUAUAUGGAUCUUACGGGCUCGGGUAUCGAGACGACUAGCCAUUUACACGAGCCGGGCAAUGGAAGGAUUACAGUUAUGUUCAAUGCAUUUGAAGGACCCCCGAGGAUUAUAAGGAUUUUUGGAAGAGGCAACGUCCUCGAAUACGGCACCCCAGCCUUUAACGAAAUCAUCUCCUCGCAAGGCGUGACCAUCAUCCCUGGUACACGCUCCAUCAUCCUCGUCGAUAUCCACCAAGUGGGCACAUCAUGUGGCUUUUCCAUGCCCUGUUUUGACUUUGUUCGUUUUCGACCUACCCUCAAUGAUUUCUUUGAAAAGCGCGUCGCGAAUGAAAAAGCGGGUAAGAAGGAAGAUGGUAUUGAACGCUACUGGGCCUUCAAAAACUCCGCGAGCAUGGACGGUCUACCCGGCUUAAAGCGCGGUGUACAGACAGCCAUCGCGGACAGAGUCAAGCCGAUUAAGAAAAUGGUAGGACCGUUUGCUCCGGUGAAAGGCCCGAGAAGACCAAAGAUGAUCUUCACGAUGGGACAUUUGAUAUUGGUCGCAUUGGUGAGUUGCGUGAGUACGGCGAUAGUGAUACUUUUGGGAGCGUUGAGGUUGGGGAUCGUUGGAUUCGAGUCAGGAAGAGUCUGGGUGAGAUGCAAUUGA